AUGGUAGCGGACCAAGAACGGGGCGGCCGAAAUACCACUUCCUACCCUGGCGGAUUUCUACACCGACAGUAUCUAAACUGUUUCUGCUCCAUUGCUCAAGGACUCCUCGGCAAAUUUCCAGAGGUGAAUUUACGUUUUAUAUCUAGUCAGUGGGAUAUUAUUGUUGUUAUAGAGACUUGGCUUACAGCUGAUAUUUCAGAUUCCGAAUUGUCUUUAUCAGAGAUGUCUCUACUCAGAAGCGAUCGUCCUACCCGUGGUGGUGGUGUUUUACUCUACUACCGAAACAGUCUUGAUUACGAGCAAAUCUACCCUCCCGUUUCGACACCGGACACUCUGUGGUGCAGGUUGAAGUUGUCCAAACAUGAUGAUUGUUUGAUUGGUGUAGUCUAUCGUCCCCCAUCAUCCUCGGAGACGGCCAAUGAGACGCUUUCACUAACUAUGUCACACAUUCUUACACAAAAAUUCACUCAUGUUCUGCUUAUGGGUGAUUUCAGCUGCCCCUAUCUCAACCAAUCAGCGACCGUCUGUUCAUUUUUCGAACAUCAGUUCAAACGGCUAAUUGACUCGCUUCCACUAUACAACCAUAUGAAGGUGGCCACUAGGUUUGUCAACCUUCAGUUGCCGUCCAUACUGGAUUUAGUGUUGACCAAUGAGGAGCUGAUGGUACAGUCUGUCAAUGUAACUCCCCCCUUGAACGCAGCGAUCAUGCAGUACUUACAUUCAAAUAUGUUUGUUACGCUUCGAUUCAAUGAGGUUCCCCAGGCAACACGCGCAGAUCUAUAG